AUGUCUUAUACGGUGCCGGUGCCGGCAGCUGGGCCGAGCGCUCAGCCACUGGCGAACCCAGUGACCGUGGUCAGCCCACAGUUCCACGCAACGUACCCAGUGGAUCUGGUGAUCACGGAGAAGAUGAUGAGCCUCAAGGAAGGUACAUUCACAGUCUCCGAUGUCAACGGCAAUCUCAUGUUCAAGAUCAAAGGCUCCCUGUUCAGCCUUCACGACCGCCGCGUUUUGGUCGACGGUGCCGACACUCCGAUCCUCUCUUUUCGACAAAAGAUAUUGACAGCGCAUAGGAGAUGGCACGUAUAUCGAGGAGAGAGCUCAGACGCCAAAGAUUUACUUUUCACUGCGAAGAAGUCAUCGUUUUUCCAGUUAAAGACUGAAUUAGAUGUGUUCUUGGCUGCUAAUACAAAAGAAGAGCAAUAUGAUUUCAAGGUAAAAGGAAGUUGGGGGGAGAGAUCAUGCACCAUAUACACUGGAGACAACACCAUCAUUGCUCAAAUGCACAAGAAACAUGAUGUUAAAAGUGCUUUGUUUGGAAGAGAUGCAUUUGGAGUUACUGUGUACCCUCAUGUUGAUUACGCCUUUAUAGUUGCUGUUGUGGUCAUUCUUCACGAGAUUAAUAUGGAUAGGAGCGGGGAAGACUGA